AUGUGCCUGGUGAAUUGGAAUACUGACCAGUCGUUUUUUGAUUCUAGGACACGUCUUCCCUCCCUCUACUCCGACCUUACUGUGCAAAAGACCUCCAACCCCGAAGGCUAUGCAGCCAACGUAACGGCAUGGGAAUCUGCUCUCACCCGCGCGGCGCUUGUCGGCAAACUUCCCGUUGAGCAACGUCUAAUACUCCAGACUUCCGAAGACCUACUUAAUGCCCUCGCCAGCCCGCAGUAUGGCCGACCAUCCGGCCUCGGAUGUGUGCUGGACGAUGCUGUCCGGCACGGCAAGAUGAUUGAUUUGAAAGACUUCCUCACCAGCGACAAGAGCAUCUACAACCGCUCAUGGCUACCUAGCCCUUGGGCUAUCCUGCGCUGGAGUCUACGACAGGUCGGCAUUGUGGGCGCUCACAGCUACGAGGCACCAGGAGGUCGAUUGAGGAACGGUAGUCUGGUGCUCGUGCCGGCGUUGGAAGAGAUUUAUAAAAAGAUGCAGCCUGUGCGGGACCGACACACACAGAGUCUUACGGAUAGAAUUCUGAGCCGAGAACUUCUCACGAAGGAACUGAACGAUCUAGUGCCGGGUGACACGCCUCUGUCGGAGGAGGACGUCAAUGUCGUACUACGGUUUCUGGCCCGGGACAAACAGGUGCUCAACUACGAUGCCACCACCAUUAAAUUCAAGGCUCCCGCGGCGUCUCUACCCGAACCCAUCACACUUGAAGACCGAUCUAUCGCAUCCCUGAAGACUCUCAUUACAAAUCUCACGGCCCAAAUCGACAAUCUGACCGCGCGUGUCUCCACGCUCCAGAGCACCGCGCAACAGGCUGUCAAAGCAGGUAAUAAAACGUCCGCCCUUUCUGCGCUUCGCUCGAAGAAGCUGGCGGAACGCUCCCUACAGUCGCGUGUCGACACCAUGCAUCAGCUUGAAGAAGUGUACGGCAAGAUCCAAGCUGCGGCUGAUCAGGUUGAGGUCGUGGCUGCGAUGGAGGCCAGUGCGGGCGUGCUCAAGACGCUGAACAAACAGGUCGGCGGGGUUGAGAAGGUCGAAGAUGUGCUGGAGUCGCUGCGCGAGGAGAUGGGCAAGGUUGAUGAAGUCACGGGUGUGAUUGCCGAGCCCCUGGAUGGAAAGGCCGUCCUGGAUGAGGGAGAGGUCGACGAAGAACUCGAAAGCAUGGAGCGCGAGGAGAGGAUCAAACAGGAGGAGAAGGAACGCGAAGUCAAGAAGCAGAUCGAGGCCCAAGAGGCCGAAGCCACCCGGAGGCGGUUGGCGGAGCUGGAUCAGGUACAGGCUGCUCAAGCCGAAUCUCAACCACAGGCAAGGGAGCGGCCGCGGAACGAUCAGGAGAACGUUCCGAUGUCCGACGCUGCACUGGAGCAAUCAUUGUCAUCCAGCAUGGAGAAACUUCGGAAGUUGGACAUCGACGACGUGCGGCAACAACCCAACCAGGAUCAGAAUCGCCUCGAGGCGGUGCGACAAGCGCAGCAUAACGAACAACAAGAGAGAAUUAUGGGGGAAACAUCAUAA